UGAAAGAUUAAAUAUUAUGUCUGUUGUUUGGGUGAGGUUUGUGACAGGAUGGGUUUUAUGUAAUAUGAUGAAAAGUUUCAGAACUUCUGCUAAAUGGUUCAAGGAGUGGCCUUUGCAACAAUGCAGACCUUAGGAAUUACAGCAGACGUGAUCCAGUUUAUGUCUUGCCAUAAAGAUGUUACAGCAAGCAACACGAAUGUCUAUAAAUCAGCUGCAGUUUGAAAAUGAUCCAUGCACAAAUCACAAAUCUUUAUUUUGGGAAGAUUGACUCAUACGUCUGCUAUUCUAGAUAAUUGUUCUUUCGGUUUGUUUGUUAGUUAGUUACUUCAAGACCACGACACGGAGAAAAGGUUCCAUGUGCUGCUGAGAAUUACAUAUGAAAUAUAUGAAAAUAACGUUGAGGAUUACAGACGACCCCUGAAUGCAGCACGACUUUUUUUUUUUCUCGGAGCUUUCCGCUGAACAGUUAACGUCUCUGCUGGCCGUCCUCCUCCUCCUCCUCCCACACAGCCCCAGCCACUAUAAACAUUACUGUACUCUCAGGAUCCUGAGGUCAGCAACUGGGACCCUGUAGGGAGAGGGAGGCAGAGAUGGCUCAAAGUUCAACUUUCCCUGAAGUAGUGGAGCUCAACGUGGGUGGUCAGGUGUAUGUGACCCGUUUCGAGACUCUCACCGCGGUACCCAGAUCUCUCCUGUGGACCAAGUUCACCCAGUACACUCCAGCCGACCUGCCUAAAGACAGCAAGGGCCGCUUCUUCUUUGACCGGGACGGCUUUCUGUUCCGCUACAUUCUGGAUUACUUACGGGACUCGGAGCUUUUUCUGCCGGAGUUUUUCAAAGAGAGAAAGAGGCUGCAGAGAGAGGCGGACUUCUUCCAGCUACCGGAGCUGUCGAGGCGACUGGCGGCGGCCAGUAAAGACAGCUCCUCCGCGGAGGACAGCGGGGAGCCGGAGGAGGUUGAACUCACCAGCCCGGUCACCUCCUCCUCCUCCUCGGAUAGACCUCUGCGCUCUCCGGGGGGAAACUCCGGCUACAUCACCAUCGGGUACAGAGGCACAUACACCAUCGGCAGAGACAUCCAGGCGGACGCCAAGUUCCGCAGGGUUGCCAGGAUAACGGUGUGCGGAAAGAUCUCUCUGGCCAAGGAGGUUUUCGGGGAGACCCUGAAUGAGAGCCGCGACCCGGACCGGCCCCCGGACAAAUACACGGCCCGCUACUACCUGAAGUAUAACUUUUUAGAGCAAGCGUUUGACCGGCUGGCGGAGACCGGCUUCCACAUGGUGGCCUGCAACUCCACCGGGACUUGCUCUUACGGCAGCAACGACCCAUCGGAGGACAAACUGUGGACCAGCUACACGGAAUACGUCUUCUGCCGAUGAGCUGGUGGACCCCGCGACUAACCAGCAGCUUUGGGAGAAAUAACAAGAGUUGUUAUUUCAAACAGUUACAGAAAGUUAAUUAAACAUAAUACCAGUGCCAGCUUUGCCUUUAGAUUCAGGUUCUUGGUUUGCAAGAGUAGGCUCAGACAAGAUUAUCUGCAGCAACAAAAAAACAAAAAAAAAAAACUUCAAACUCCUUCAUAAAUCUCUCCACUAGAAGCAACUACAAGCGAGACUUUUCAGAUAUUAUUACUGGGUUUUUUGGGUUUUUUUUUUUUUUUUUUGCGCUACUGGCCUCAUGGCCUUGAUGGCUUUUAGAGAAGCUGCUUUGUUCUUAAAUACAUGACAAGUUUUCUCCCGAGAGUGGCAGAAAUGUUAGGAACUACCCCAGCACGCUCUUCGUCGGUGUUUUACUCUCUAAUGUCGCUGUGGAGAUGCUUGAGGAACAUACUCACUAGAAUGUGCACUGUAUACAGUCUGGGUUUUCACUAUGCCAUCAAGUCUUACAUGUUGUGUGUUGCCUUAAUUUUCUUUUUCUUUUUGACACUUUGACGUGUUUUUUUGUGCUUUGAGAUUAUGUAAAGUUAUUUUAUUCAAAACACAGCAAAUAAAGUGUGAUAUUUUAACACUA